UGUUUAUGGUUUGUGAAUUGGGUCGAUUAUGUCAUGGCGGGUUAGAUGUUUUCGGCAGUUAAUUUUUGUUGAAUUUGUUUUGAAUUACGCCGUCAAUGAUCUCGUUUCAACCGCUGUUGUUUAACAUUAAGCGUAUUUAUAUAUUCGUGACCGUUUCAUAAACUGUUCAAAUGCUGAAACAAUUGCAAAUGGGCCUUCGCACGUUCAUGCUUCUCGCAUCUAAAGUAUGGAGUUGUUUUUGUUAUAUGUUUAAGAAGCAAUAUCGAGCGUUGGCGCAAUAUCAAUCUGUCAAAUAUGAAAUCUAUCCACUGUCCCCGGUAUCUCGACACAGGCUGAGUUUAGUUAAAAGAAAAAUGCUGGUAUUAGAUUUAGAUGAGACACUAAUUCAUUCGCACCACGAUGCGAUGCUUCGACCGACGGUGAAGCCUGGCACACCUCCAGAUUUUGUCCUGAAAGUGACGAUCGACAAACAUCCAGUCAGAUUUUUUGUUCAUAAGAGGCCUCAUGUGGAUUAUUUCUUGGAUAUAGUGUCUCAGUGGUACGAGCUGGUAGUGUUCACAGCCUCGAUGGAGAUAUAUGGCGCGGCGGUCGCCGACAAACUGGACAACGGCCGGGGGAUUCUGCGGCGACGGUUCUACAGACAACACUGCACCGCGGAACACGGGUCGUACACCAAGAACCUGUCGUCGAUAUGUGACGACCUCAACAGGGUCUUCAUUCUGGACAACUCGCCCGGGGCCUACCGGGACUUUCCAGACAACGCGAUCCCCAUCAAGUCGUGGUUCUCGGACCCGUUAGACGUGGCGCUCCUCAACCUGCUGCCGGUUCUGGACGCGCUGCGGUUCACGCACGACGUGCGCUCCGUGCUGUCGCGCAACCUGCACCUGCACCGCCUCUGGUAGCCCCGAUGAUAACUGGCUUUUGUACAAAAUAAGGACGCCACAGGCCUCCUGAACUUAUUUAUUAUUAUUUUUUCACUUGUUAGGCCGUUCAGCGCUUAUUCAAAUAUACAUAUAGAUAUAAAUAUAGUUAAAGUUUUUAAGUUUUGUUUUUUACGUAAACAAGUGAUUACGCGUGUAUAGACUUGCGUAUGGAGUUACCUACAAAUGUAGGGGAAGGCGUUUUUAAAUGCGCCGUCUUGUCAUCCAAUUAGGUAAGUGGAACAAUAAUUUUAUUGGUAUUCGUGGCUUCAAAACGUAUUUUGACUGUUCUAUAGAGUAAUUGACAUUGUAAAAUUUAAAUUACCUUCUACCAAGAUCUUUGAAAACCCUUCCAGUUAUUGCAGUCACGAAUAAUGCUCAGUCGGAUGGUCGUCAAAUAACUGAGAAAGAGUACGCAACUACCCUGCUCAGCUGUAUCGAAAUGUAUAAUACAUAGGGUUGUCUCUACACAGAUUUAAAACAAAAAAUUUGAUGUUAUCGCCGAAGUAUUAGUACCUCAAAGAAGUAUUAAAAAUAACUAAAUGUAUGACAAAAUUAAUACUCAUGUUAAUUAAACGUAAUAAAUAAACUAGUAUUAUAACAACUUGAUUUUAUUUAUGAGUACAAUUGUUACAAAAUUCAUUAAUUAGAUAUCAUCGUCGUGUUAUAAAAGUAAACACAUUUUAUAAACAUUUACAUUUUAUAUUGGUUUUGGUGUUCAUUCUUAAUAAUAAUAUAAUAUUUCCAACGAAAACUAGUUAAUAAAUGUAUUUUUUUACUUGAUUAAAGUAAAUAAUUUUAAGACAAGUAUAUCUACAGAAAGAUGCAGGCAACACAGUAUACAUGACAAUAAUACGAAUAGUAAUUUAUAGAGACAACCAUGUAUUGAUCGAAUGAAACAGUGAUAGAAUCUAUCUAUCCUUAUCCAGCAUAACACUAACAGACGUGAUACCCACCAAAAUGCAACGCAAUAUAAUAGUACCUACCUUCAGUUAAAUAAAACAAAUAUUUAAAAUAUUCCUGCUAAGUCAACUGCAUUAUGUUUACAGUUCGCAUAUUUUUGUUCAAAUCGACAAAUUGUUGAGAUAUUUACACUUUAAAUUAAUUGGGCAAUGUGUUCUAGCAGUAUCUUUUUUAAAAGGUGUCAUCUCAGGGUAAAAAAAACUAAACUCCGAUUUGUGUUGGAAAAAAAUAUGCUUAACAACCCAACUUAUCUUCCAGUGAAGAAUUAGUUUCUAUAUAACAUUGUAUUAACAAUCGCGGUCAGUUAGAAGAGUGGUUUGCCCAUUUUUAAACGUCACAGUUGAUCUCUUAGUUUUAAAUAUAUUUUAAUGUCUACAAUACAAACAACGCCACAAAAAUAUCGGAUACCAGUUGAAAAAAUUAGAAAUCAUAAAUGAAAAGUUCCUUUCGUUUUCAUCCAGUUUUAAGUAAGGGGUUUUAUUUAUUUGAAAAUAGGCAAAUCACUAAGGCCUAUCUCUCUCUAUGUAGGUAUAAUGUAAUAUUUUUUGUCAUUAUACCGACAUACACACCUCUUUCUUGAUAGCAGUCUUGGAUACACUAUAACAAAUGUUGCUCAACAAAUAAGUGUGUGAUGUUGGCGAAUUUUGUCCCAUAAUGUUUCCCAGACUUUGAAGAAAGAGGUGAGGGGUUUCAGAGUUGGGUGGGCCCAAAUCGUGCACUAUA